CCGUUGUAAGCUUAAGCUGUGAAACCUUCGCACUGUUAUUAUAUGUAGUCCGCUUUCGGCUUUGGUUUUUCGUUCGUCCGUUUUUGUUUUGGUGAACCGGAAUAAUGGCAAACAGAACUGUAAAGGACGCGAAAUCGGUGAGGGGGACCAACCCGCAGUUUCUGAUAGAGAAAAUCAUCAGAUCAAGGAUCUACGAAUGCAAGUUCUGGAAGGAAGAGUGCUUUGCUCUUUCCGCUGAGCUGAUCGUCGACAAAGCGAUGGAGCUGAGAUUCGUCGGCGGCGUCUACGGAGGUAACAUAAAGCCUACGCCCUUCCUUUGCCUUACGUUGAAAAUGCUGCAGAUCCAGCCAGAGAAAGACAUAAUAGUCGAGUUUAUAAAGAACGAAGAGUUCAAGUACGUCCGGGCGUUGGGUGCCUUUUACAUGCGGUUGGUCGGUACGUCUAUCGAAUGCUACAAGUACCUAGAGCCGCUGUUGAACGACGGACGCAAAUUGAGGAUGCAGGUGCGCGAUGGGUCGUUCCAAUUGAUUCACAUGGACGAUUACAUAGACAAUCUGCUUCACGACGAACGGCAGUUUGAUGUCAUCCUCCCUCGGAUCCAGAAGCGACACGUGCUGGAAGAGGCGAACGAGCUGGAGGUCAGGGUUUCGGCUUUGGAAGACGAUGCGGAGGACAACAUGGAGUCGUCCGACGACGAUGAAGCCCCUGUGGAAAAGCAACCGCCCAGGCGUGAAGAGAGGAAACGGUCGCCCCUCCGAUCAAAAGAUAACGAAAGAAGCAAGGACCGCGAAAGGAAAAGAGAAAGAGAAAGGGAAAGAGAUAGGGAAAGAGCGGAUCGUGAGAAGCCGAGGGAACGCAGAGAGGAAAGAAGGGAAGAGAAACAUCGGGACAGGAGUCGGAGCAGGGAACGCAGACACCGGUCACGUACUCCCGAAAGGAGGACUAAUCGCGAAGGAAGAGAACGGAAAGAUGACAGGAGCAAGCGGAGGGAACACGACAGGGACAGGCAUGACAGAGAAAGCAGAGAUGAGCGUAGAAGAGAUCGUGAUCGUGAAAGAGCAAAAUAGUAAUAAGCAAUUGUAUAUUUAUCGUCUGUAUAUUAUUAAUUAUGUACAUAUAUAAUAAUUUUAUAUAAUAAAGAUUUUUUGACUAUUU